AAGAGCUGCUCUUGGGGUAGCCAGCAUGAACCGCAGCCUUUGCUAAGCAGGGCCUGCCUUGGUCUGCCUGUGGGUGGGAAACGACAGGUGAACGAACCCUGGCAGAUAUUUUCCUCCGGGGAUGGGGCCAUCGCUCAGCAACAGAGCCUCUGCGUUGCAUGCCGAAGGUCCCGGGUUCUAUCCCGGGCAGCAUCUCUAGGAAGGGGGAGGAAAGACUCCUGCCCGGCCGGAACCUCGGAGAGCCGCUGCCAGCCCGGGUCGACACGCGUGCGCUAAGUGGGCCGAGGGGAUCAAGCCGCUCCGUGCGUGGUGGCGGGCUGGAGCAGCUGGCAGGGGGGGAGGAGAGCCCCCGCCCGAGCCGUCCCAGCGGCCGCGCUCCUCCGGCGUGCGCGGGGCUCGCUCAGAGGCUCCUCCUCUGGCCACUCGCCCUCCGCGCAGCCGGAGCCGAGGAGGAAGGGCCGAGCCCGGCUGGAACGAGGAAGCGGCCGCUGCUGCUGGGUGGCGUCUCCUCCUCGGGUCGCCAUGCGCCUGGCCACGGCGCUGGGGCUCGUCCUGCUGGCGCUCCAGCGGCUCCUUCUGCCCGCAGCCGCCGUUGCGCCGCCGCCGCCUCCCGGCUCCAUCCCCGCCGCCGCCGCCGCCGCCGCCGCCUCCAGCUCCAGCAACGCCAGCCAGACCGGGCCCACCGCCGCGCCCUCGCCGCCGCCCGGGAACCGGAGCCUCGCCGAGCGGCACCCGGUGUCGGAGCUGCUGCAGGAGCUGCCCGCCGUCAAGGCCGCCGUCAUCGGGGCUUGCGCCGCCAGCGCCGGCCUGGUCGCCUGCCUCCUGCUCCGCGUCUUCAGGUCUGGUAGGAAGAUUAAAAAGACACGCAAGUAUGACAUCAUCACAACCCCCGCAGAACGGGUAGAAAUGGCCCCGUUGAAUGAAGAUGAGGACGAUGAUGAAGAUUCCACAGUGUUUGAUAUCAAAUACAGGUGAGGCCGUUAUCCACAACCCCACAGGAGGAGUCGGAAAUGGCUGAAGUGCCGAAGCAGCAAAGGAGGGCUGGGAAACAGCUCCUUCAUGUCACCGAAACUUGCUCUCUCUCUCUCCUCCAAAACCUUGGUUUCUAAUGGAUUCAGCAGCAGGCAUCUGAAAAACAACCCUAAACGUUACUGCUAGGUUCCCGGGGACCUAACCAGAAGACCUGAGAAGUUUUUUUUCCUUCCGACUCUGCUUGCCAACUCGAGAAUACUCUUGUCUUGUAUUAAGGUUUGGGUACCCCCUUGUAUGCCAGCCCUGACACCCUUGUGUAAUAGUGCAAACUUUGGUUCCGAAAUGUCGGGGUGCUCCGUGGGUUUUCUGCUCUCCACUCUCAGGUGGGUGCUUGUUCUCUGCUGCACCCAAUAUUUCUGGGAGUGCGGAGUUCUCUGCCAGCAAGAAUAUUUCCCUGCCAAGUGAAAUAGGCUUGGGAUUUUUGUAAACUGUGCUGAAAUGGUAGAUAUAUUGGGUGUGUGUAUGUGUGUACGUGUGUUGUGAAUGCGAUGGAAGCAAUUGUGGUGACUUGCUACUGAUGAUAACAAUUGCACUAAAAUUUUGAUCUGCAAUAAGCUUCCCUGGUCCCGUCCCCCCCCAGGAGAUAUUCCCAAAAUCAUUCCAGAGAGUGAAACCUUUUGCAAAGGGUGAGAGGAUGUCCAACUUUGGAUCAGAGGAAAGAUUAUUUUUGUAAUUCCCUCCUCCUCUUCUUCUUUUCUCUUCUGGGGGGUAGUCCGAUGUUACAGAUAGAGCUGUAUUGUGUGUGCACUUUCUUUCUCCCUCUGCUUGCAGUAACUUCUCUUGUCCAAAUAUGUAUGUAAAUCUGUGGAGAUGUAUUAAAUUGGAACAAGAGAAUAUUGUGGAUAGCACUACAGUGGGAAAGCAAAGAUCUUGUUCCUCCAAAAAAACACCCACGAAGUUAGAUACCUCUCUUGUGGUAAUGGAUGCGAUGACUCUUUUUUCCUGCAGGGGGCUCGGUUCUUGAAAGGUGUAACAUGACUGAACAUAAACCAAAAGGUCCACGUAGGUUCCUUCCUAUUUCUCCCUUUUCUGGAACAGAUUUAGCCAUCUUACCAGUGUUAAUCAAACUGGAUGUUUUGCCUCUUAUAUUGAAAAGGUGGGGAUGGAACCGUAGCUCAGUGUUUGAGCAUCUCCUUUCCUGCAGAAGGUGUGCCAGGUCAAGCCCUGGCAGCAUCUCCAGGUAGAUCUGGGAAGGACUCCUGCCUGGAACAUUGGAGAGCCACUGCCAGUCAGUGCUGACAGUGUGGUGAGCUAGCAAGACCAAGGCUCUGUCUGGUAGAAGGCGGCUUCCCAAGUACACAUUCAGUUGACCAUCUACAUGACCAUCUGCAUAGGGCUCUUGGUGCAAUCAGAAGUCCUGGCAAAGGCGUCGCAGGGAGAGAAUCGUGUUUGUGUACUUGCACAGACAAUGCAGCCUUUCAACCGAAUGCAUGUGGGUCCCUCUAUAUGUCACCCUGGCUAUGUUAUCAAAAGAGGACUGUCUUCUCACUUUGUUAACAGGGAGAUGAGAAUCUUUGGCUUAUGGUCCUUUUAUCUCUGUAAAACAUCUCUAACUCUCGCAUCGGCUUUGCCUGCUCUGGCUUCCUUGAAAGCACAUCGAUCUCGGAGGCCGCAUUCUGGUUGAGCCCAACUGGGCAGGCUACUCGUGGCCAAAACUCUUUUUCUUCUGGCCUAAUUUACAGUUUUAAGUUCAGCCCCUUAUUACCUGGUCUGGUGGCUUGCAUCCAGUUUCAUCCCUGCUUGACUUUGGAAGGUGGUCCGGUCUGGUGGCUUGUCACCUGUGUGGCUGGAUUCCGUCCCAGUCCCAAUUUCAGUGAUGGGACUGGUUUCGUUUUAGCUGUAACUCGCUAAGGCAGGGGGUUCUCAAACUUGGGUCCCUAGAUGAUGUUGGAUUACAAUUCCCAUCAUCCCUGGCCAUGAUGUGGCUGGGGGUGAUAGGAGCUGUAGUCCAACUUCUGGGGACCCAAAUUUGAGAAGCCCUGAACUAAGAGUGUGUGGGUCUGUUGGACUCUGGGAGAAAUGUAGCAAAGCCAAAUCCUGGGAGGUUCUAGGAACGCUGAGAGAGCCUGCAGAAGUAUAUUGUUCACAUGAAGCACCGAGGACUUACAGAGGCUGGAAGAUACCAAAGUGACUCUGAUUUCUGCUAAGUAUUGGCACAGCACAGUUCAAAGUGGGGCACUUGUGUGGGAAUGGCAGGUUAUGCCAAUGGGACUUAAAGCUUCUAGCCCUCAGUAAUAUAUCAGAGCAGCUGAUGAGGGUAGUCCUUCAGGGCAAUUUUAUUUAUAUUUCUGUAGCACCCUUUGUUCUAAGACCCCAGGGUGGUGAACAAGUUUAAAACAGCCAUAAAACAUCAAUUAAAACAUCCUCAAUAAAACAGACACAACCACAACCUAAUCAGAGAGCAGAGGCCAACUCAUUGGCCGGACGUGUGGAUAGGAACAUAGGAAACUGCCAUAUACUGAGUCAGAAUAUUCAUCUAUCUAGCUCAGUAUUGUCUUCACAGACUGGCAGCGGCUUCUCCAAGGCUGCAGGCAGGAAUCUCUCUUAGCCCUCUCUUGGAGAUGCCGCCAGGGAGGGAACUUGGAACCUUCUGCUCUUCCCAGAACAGCACCAUCCCCUGAGGGGAAUAUCUUACAGUGCUCACACAUCACGUCUCCCAUGUAAAUGCAACCAGGGUGGACCCUGCUUAGCUAAGGGGACAAGUUAUGCUUGCUACCACAAGACCAGCUCUCCUCUCCAAUAAAAGGGCAGUCUUCAGUCUACUAAGAAAGACUGGGAGACAGUCAUGCAGAUCUAAACUGAGACUGCGUCCCACAGCUUGGGGGCAAUCCUGAGAAGGCCGUGUCCUGUGUGCUCAACAAAUGAGCUUCAGCUGGUAUCGGCAAACUGAGCAGAGCCCUCUCAGCUGACUUAGUCAGCUGGGUAGAUUCCGCUGGAAGCAAGCUGGAUCCUUUCCCACAGGGACCCAGGGCCCAAGCUGUUUGGGGUUUCAAAAGCAAUAACCUGCCCUCUGAAUUGUACCUGUAGACAAAGAGGCAGCCGACACAGAACUGUUCCCUCAAGACCUGCGGAAUAUGGGCACCACGGAUGGCUCCAGACACCAAGCUGGCAGUUGCCUUCUGCACAUUCGGAGUUUUCUGGAUACUGUUCAAGGGCAGCAGCCCCGCAUAGCACGUAUCUUCCACUAAUCCAGAGAUGACAUGACUGGGGUAUGGGUGACAGAGGCCAGGCCAGUGUGUGCUCUGCAGGGAAGUCCACAAGGAAAACUAAAGUUUGGGGGUGCAGAGAUGGAGGCUCAACACCCAGGGAAGUUUGUGGCCACGUAGAGCAAUCAGCAGCAUCAAAUGGUAGAGCGUUUGCUGGAUUGUACAGAGGCCAUGGAAGAGGAGGGUGGAUUUCAAUGUCCCUCCCAUGGGUGGGGGGGAAAUCCCUGCUUGCAGAAAUUAGCAUGUCAAAGGAAAGGCUUGGCUGAAUGCUUUCCCUUGCUCUGCUAGCUUUCUGUCUGCAGGGUGUGUGUGUGUGUGUGUGUGUGUGUGUGUGUGUGUGUGUGUGUGUGUGUGUGUGUGUGUGUGUUUAGAUGCAGCAGCAUUCAAAUAUACAGGUUAGAGUGUGGGGAGAGUUCUGCCUCUGGGCUCGUCUUUAUUGGGACUCCAGGUGCUAAGAGGAGAAACCUGCCAACCUUCCUCAGGGCAGGUGGGUGGCUGCAACUUUAUUCUUUUUCGCGUCAUGCUGGCAAAAGCUUUGAUCUCCAGUUCCGGCUGUAGGUGUGAGGCCGAGGCGUCCACCUCUCCCUACAGCUUUUUAAAAAUACAAUUUAAAUCUUGGUGUCAUCUGACUGGAAUGUUCUCUAGGUUUAUUGAUUCGAAGACUUCUACGGCAGGCAUUUCCCGUCUGGUCCUCUAGAUCAGGGAUUCUCAACGUUGGGUCCCCAGAUGUUUUUGGACUUCAACUCCCAUAAUCCCCAACCAAAGGCCACUGGGGCAGGGGAUUAUAGGAGUUGAAGUCCAGUAAUAUCUGGGGACCCAAUAUUGAGAAUCCUGCUCUAGAUGUUUCUGAACUACGACUCCCAUCAUCCUUGGCUACAAUUUAUUUUGGCUGGGGAUGAGGGGAGUUAUAAUUCAGCAACAUCUGGAGCAGGGAUUCUCAACUUUUGGUCUCCAGAUGUUAUUGAACUUCAACUCCCAUAAUCCCCUGCCCCAGUGGCCUGUGGUUGGGGAUUAUGGGGGUUGAAGUCCAAUAUUAUCUGGGGACCCAGCAUUGACUAUCCCUGAUCUGGAGGGCCACAGGUGGGGAACCCCUGCUCUAGGGCUCUUGCCAUGACCCGCACAGAGCUGCAUAAUAAGUGUGCCUAGGACUUAUUUUUAAAAAUGGGGGACAUGUUACAACUUUAAUGACUGGAAAUCAGUCUUAAUAACACAUAUGUGUUUUUUUGUUUUUUUCUGGAGGAGAAUUAGUAGCUAUGUAUUAACCACUACAUUAAUGUGAACUGACUUUUUAGCAUCUUGCAGUAUUGCAUUCUGGGAAGGUUGCCAUCUGGCGACAAAUUUGGCUGGGUUCUUUCCAGUGUGUUGAGCAUAUUACGUUACAUUUUGGUUUGGUCUUUGGCUUUGUAAUAAAAGAGAACAGUGAAAAGUCA